AUGAGUAGCCCACGCCGCAGGAUCGAGACCGAUGUGAGUGGAAACUCCUCUGGUGCGACUGCAAUGUCCUCGCUAACCCGUGUCGCAAUGUUAGGUCAUGAAGUGCGCUACAACCUCCGGAUAGUGCUCAUGAGCGACUAUGAAGUCACUCUGGUCAACGACAACACUCCGUUCGAGGGCGGCAUGUGGAAGGUCCAUGUUGAACUCCCGGAUACCUACCCAUACAAAUCCCCUAGCAUUGGAUUCGUGAACCGUAUUUUCCACCCGAACAUCGACGAGCUCUCCGGCUCCGUGUGCCUCGACGUCAUCAACCAGACCUGGUCCCCGAUGUUCGAUAUGAUCAACAUCUUUGAGGUGUUCCUCCCCCAACUUCUACGAUACCCGAACCCGACCGAUCCUCUGAAUGGCGAAGCCGCAGCGUUGUUGAUUAGGGAGCCUAAGAGCUAUGAUGCCAAAGUGAAAGAAUAUGUGCAGAAAUAUGCAACCAAGGAUGCGGCCGACGACGCGGGAGCCGAGAGCGAAGACGACGACGACAUGUCCUCGGUGGCGAGCUUCGGCGACGACGACGACGAGCCCGCGGGCCAGAUGGACGACGUAUAG